GCUCACUUAAUUAGAUACCAAGGGUCAGAAGAAUCAUGAUUAUUUCACGUAUGAAGAAUUUGCAAGAUUUCUGUGGACUCUGUCAUUCUUCGAUUCAGUAGGUGGAGCCAGUGCCCUCAUUAGAAUAAAGGUAAACAGAUUCAACCCAAUUAUAAAUGGGAAAAGAUGUGCCCUUGGUUCCUGAGGGUUGCACAGAGUGGCAACUGGCUGGAGAGCAGAGGUGCAGCAGACAGGAGCUCCAGAGCAUGAGUUCCAAGUCAAAAUCCAUCGGGAUCAUUGGAGCCCCCUUCUCCAAGGGACAGCCAAGAGGAGGGGUGGAAGAAGGCCCUAUAGCACUGAGAAAGGCUGGUCUGCUUGAGAAACUGAAAGAACAAGAGCUUGAUGUAACAGAUUAUGGGGACCUGGCCUUUGCUGAUGUCCCCAAUGACAGCCCCUUUCAAAAUGUGAAGAAUCCACGGUCGGUGGGGAAAGCAAAUGAGCAGCUGGCUGGAGCAGUGGCAGAAGCCAAGAAGGAUGGAAAAGUCAGCGUGGUGCUGGGCGGUGACCACAGUUUGGCGAUUGGAAGCAUCUCUGGCCAUGCCAGUGUCCACCCUGACCUUGCUGUCAUUUGGGUGGAUGCUCAUUCUGAUAUCAACACUCCAACAACCACCACGACUGGGAACUUGCAUGGGCAGCCUGUGUCCUUUCUCCUGAAAGAACUGAAAGGAAAGAUCCCUGAAAUACCAGGAUUUUCCUGGGUGAGGCCCUGCAUAUCUGCCAAGGAUAUUGUCUACAUUGGCCUGAGAGAUGUGGACCCUGGCGAGCACUACAUUUUGAAAACUCUGAAUAUUAAAUGCUUUUCAAUGACUGAAGUGGACAAACUGGGAAUCGGCAAGGUGAUGGAGGAAACGUUGAGCUAUCUACUGGGAAGAAAGAGAAGGCCAAUUCAUCUGAGUUUUGAUGUGGAUGGACUGGACCCGUCUUUCACACCAGCUACUGGCACACCGGUCUUGGGAGGACUGUCUUACAGAGAGGGUAUCUACAUCACAGAAGAAAUUCACAAGACAGGACUACUGUCAGGAUUGGAUAUAAUGGAAGUAAACCCAUCUCUGGGGAAGACGCCUCAAGAAGUAACUUCAACAGUGAACACAGCAGUAGCCCUAACCUUGGCUUCUUUUGGAGUUGCUCGGGAGGGUAACCACAAGCCUAUCGACUACCUUAACCCACCUAAGUGAAAAUGAAACAUCAGUCAAAAAUCUCAUUGCUAAUAAUGUAAUCAGCAAAUCCAUAGUAAAGUACUUAAGCUUGAGUUAUCUGCUCAAAAGACUUGCUCUUCCAGAAAUAUGUUUAUCCCGUAUGUGUAAACUAUCUGUUUCCUCUUGUUGUGAAACUCAGGAACUAGAAAUUAAAAGGCUGUGAAAUUGGAAAA